CCUGGCUAUAUAUUGACCGAUGAGCUGGUACCAUUUAUAAACCCAGAUAGGCUUUCCCAGUUGAUUGAGUCCACUCCACUUCACCGUAUUGGUCAGCCCCUGGAUGUUGCCAAAGGAGUGUUUCUGAUGCUUCUCCACUUCUUGAGCGCUUUGAAAUGCCCUUUUCAUCAAAACCACUGGCCUUCAUCAAGACCAAUCGGGGAGGGAAUCGUCAAACUGUUCUCUAUAUUGGGGGCCAAUGUUGUGGUCAACGGACGUAAGGACGCAGAAGUCCAGAAAGUGGUUCAAGAGAUCCAACAAUUAUCUCCAUAUAAACUAAAACCAUUAGGAGUUGUGGCGGAUGUGACCAAAACGGAUGACUUGAAUAGACUGUUGAAUGAAACGAUCAAAACAUUUGGAAAGUUAGAUGUUUUGGUGAAUAAUGUCGGUAUUAAUCCCAACCUUAACAUUACCGAUAAAAAUUUAAUGGAGAUUUGGGAUCAAGUCUUUAACACUGACUUAAGAUCAUCGGUACAACUCAAUCACCUGUUGGUCCCAUACCUGGAGGCAACAAACGGCACAAUAAUAGCCAUAUCUAGUGAUUCAGCGCUUAUUCCGUAUGUCAACAAUUUGGCCUCAAGUUGUGCCAAGGCGGCCGUUCAGAUGAUGACCAAGGUACUGGCCCUCGAGUUGGGACCCAAAGGCAUUCGCGUCAAUGCUAUCGAUUUAAGUUUCGUGCAAACCAAUGAGCAUUUUACCCCGGAUCAAUUGGAACAAAUGAGACAACGGAACCCACUUCGCAAGAUUGGACAACCACUUGAUAUCGCCAAAGGUGUCAUAUUUCUGGCCUCAACUGAUGCCCAGUACAUAACCGGUGCUAAUCUAGUAAUUGAUGGUGGGGCUGUCUAUAAUCACCAAUAG